AUGACAACCUCUCUCACAAUGUUUUAUGGAUCUCCUUCUACCAUGUCCCCAACUAGCAAGAGCAAACUGAAGCGUCAGAGUCGUCUGCUCUCCCACAUGCUAUCCCGAACACUGAGCUACAAGGACCGAGGCUCUGAUUCUGCUUUUCCCAGCUUGGGUGCCAGUGAUGACCCGGCAGAGCUUUCCAUACAACUUUCUGCCCCAGGUGUUCUGAAGGUGUUUGGGGAUAAUGUCUGUUCAGGUGCCCACUACAAGAGUGUCCUGGCCACGGCCAGCUCUAGUGCUCAGGAACUGGUAAAGGAGGCACUGGAGCGUUAUGCUUUGAAUGCCGUGUCUGCCAGUCAGUAUGUGUUAUGUGAUGUGGUGGGGCGAUUUGGGGACUUGGGACAGCAAUGGCAGGCAGAAUGCCUUCGAGUCCUACGGGAUAAUGAGAAGCCUCUUUUGAUCCAGGACCUGUGGAAGCCCCGAGAAGGCUUCUCUCGGAGGUUUGAGUUGAGAAAGAGGUCAGACGUGGAAGAAUUGGCUGCCAGGGAAGUGGACACUAUCACAGCAGGUAUCAAUGCUCAGGCAAGGAAACUCCAGAAGAGUCGUGCAAAGGGUGCUACAACACUGACAGCAGCAUGUAAACGAAACUCCACCCCUCCCACACUUCGGCGCACAGUUAGUGAAACCAGCUUGAGCCAAACCAAUACACAAGAAGAGGAGCCAAAGGGACAUUAUUCUACCUUGCUAGACCCCAACCGAAGCCCAGACAAUCCAAACAAGGAGCUCCAGGCCCCUAUUGAGGAGAGAAACAACAGUAACAAUAUGCGAUACUCACUUUACCAAUCACCACACCUUCUCCUUCUUCAGGGCUAUAGCCAGCAGCAUGAUAGCUUAGUUUAUGUGCUCAACCGUGAACAGCACACAGUGGGCCAGAGGACUCCCUCUAGCAAGCCUAGCAUCAGCCUUUCAGCCCCAGACAUUCUGCCCCUCCACUGUACCAUCCGUCGGCUACACCUCUCCAGCCACUCAAGACACUCUCAAGUAGAAGAGAAGCUUAUCCUUGAGCCAAUUCCUGGGGCUAGUAUAUCUAUCAACUUCUCAGAGGUGGGAAAGACUAUGGUACUUCGCCAUGGAGACCUGCUCUCUUUGGGGCUUUAUUACCUGCUACUCUACAAGGAUCCUGCGCGAGCCCAUGUGCUUCCUGCCCAGACCCUGGCACGGCUCAAAGCUGUCCCCCGAACAUCAGACCCUUUCACCUGUAAAAUGUGUGGGACAGUGCUCAGGGGCAGAGCACCUUCCUCAUCCAAGAAGCGUGGACCUCUGUCUGGUCAGAAGACCCCUCGACGAAGGCUUCAUCUGGAAUUUGAGCCAGCCAUAGAGGAUAUGCUAGUGAAGAGGAUCAUGACACUGAUUGAGCCAGGGGGUGAUGACCAUAAGCUCACACCUGCUUUCCUACUUUGCCUCUGCAUUCAACAUUCAGCCACCAACUUUGAGCCAGGCGAAUUUGGGCAACUCUUGCUUAAACUGGCCAAACUUAUACAGAGGACAGUCUGGGAAAAAACCAAAGAACUAGCUGAGAAGCAGUCUCAGCACCAGGAUCCUAUCUCCCUUUCCCGUCUGACCAUUGCUGACUUACUGCCAGACCUCCAGCAUAUUCUUUUCUGGAUGUCUAACUCCAUUGAGCUCCUUUACUUUGUCCAGCAGAAAUCUCCACUCUACAUCCAGAGUAUGGAGGAGGAGCUAGAUGUCAAAGGUUCUAAGGAGUCACUGUUUUCCUCAACCAUCACAGCCAGUGAGGAAGCCAUGACGAUUUUAGAAGAGGUGAUCAUGUACACAUUCCAACAGUGUGUGUAUUACAUCUCUAAGGGUAAGAUAGGAUUAUAUACUGCACUGGAUGUGGUUGUUAGUCCCUCUCAGAGCCAAUUACGAGAGUGGGCUCUGUUCUCAGGGCCUGUGCUGAGCUGCUUCCACUGGCCAAAAGGAGUGCAGGUUUGUGCUCGCUUACGGCAACUCCUGGAAUGGGCACAGAGUAUAGGCUUCGGGCCACUGGCGGAGCAAUUCUUCAAGAAACUUUCCUGCACAGUAAACCUAUUGGCUACACCCAGUGCCCAGCUGAUACAGAUGACCUGGUCAUCCCUGAGGACUCAGUUUCCAGAACUAAGCCCUGCUCAACUGCAUCGGUUGUUGACGCAGUACCAGCUAGCAUCUGACAUUGGUUCUGUGACUGCCUGGGAGCCUCUAGAUGAAGACAAACCCAAAGCCUUCAGGACAGAGGAUGUCCUGGAGUCUUAUGAUAACCAUCCACCUAUCGUUUUGCCAAGUGGAGGGUUCAAGGUAGACUUGGAAGUGGAAUGCCUGGAUGAUAAUAUUUACCGGCACCUUCUUUAUAUUCGCCACUUCCUGUGGAGCCUGCAAAGCAAAUCCUCCCAUGCUAAAGGCCCUGAACCUGAAAAUCUAAAGGGUUUGCAUCACACGAUUCCUGAAGGAAAUCCAGAAAGUCGGAGUAGUCUAGUUAUUUCCAGGGAGGCUGGGGACCAACUGGAUUCAAAGCAUUCAGUGAGCUCACUAGGCAAGACAGUUGGAGAAACAGCCAAAACCCUAUCUGUCCCUGCCAGUGGGAUUUCCCGAACUCCAUCCCCUGGUCGAACCCCUCUCCUGGAGAAGCUAAAGCCACAGAACAGCAUGGGCAGGAACGGCCCUAAGAUGAACACAUCACAAGGGGAUACCUCCUGUCUGCUGACUCCUCCCAACACACCCCUCAACUUCGAACCUAGAAGUCAGGAUUCUCCCCAGCCCAGUGGCAGCUGUGACAAACCCUCCCAGGAGCCGAAGAAGAAUGGGCUUAGUGCUCAGAGCACUGCCCAGGAAGGAGAUUCUUCCACCCCCUUUGAAUAUCCUACCCCAGCUUCUUCCAGCCGCAGUUCCGCCACCGAUGACUUCUGUUAUGCCUUUGUUGUGGAGUUGGAAAAAGGACCCAUUGGGCUGGGGAUGGGCCUUAUAGAUGGGCUGCACACGCCUCUGAAUUCUCCCGGCAUCUACAUCCGCACCUUGAUCCAGGACAGCCCAGCAGCUUCUGAUGGCAGACUUUCCUUAGGAGACCGCAUUCUUGCAGUGAACGGCACCAGUCUGAUUGGCACAGAUUAUCAGAGUGCUGUGGACUUGAUCCGAUCUGGGGGAAAGAAGCUACGGUUUCUGGUUGCCAAAUCAGACAUAGAAAUCACUAAGAAAAUCAGCUCAAGCGCCUCUCCUUCCUAG